GACCAUACUCGGCUCGCACACACCUCAGCCUUACACACACCAAACUGUAAGAAUGGCACAGAACCAGGGAAAUUGCUCAUGCUCCCCUUCCAAUUCCUCAGGGAAGCCCAGGAAAGUGGCUCUCAUCACCGGAAUUACCGGGCAGGAUGGUUCCUACUUGGCUGAGUUCCUCCUGGAAAAGGGCUACGAGGUCCAUGGCAUUGUACGGCGAUCAAGUUCUUUCAACACUGGGAGGAUCGAGCAUCUCUACAAGAAUCCACAUGCUCAUACAGAAGGAAAUAUGAAGCUGCAUUAUGGAGAUCUUACUGAUAGUACCUGCCUGGUAAAAAUAAUCAACGAAGUGAAGCCUACAGAAAUAUACAAUUUAGGAGCACAGAGUCAUGUCAAAAUCUCCUUUGACCUGGCAGAGUACACUGCAGAUGUUGAUGGGCUUGGCACUUUACGUCUUCUUGAUGCAACGAAAACCUGUGGCCUUAUUAAUACAGUGAAGUUUUAUCAAGCCUCAACUAGUGAGCUUUAUGGAAAAGUUCAGGAAAUUCCCCAAAAGGAAACUACUCCCUUCUACCCCAGGUCACCUUAUGGGGCAGCCAAACUCUAUGCUUACUGGAUUGUGGUUAACUUCCGUGAAGCCUACAAUCUAUUUGCUGUUAAUGGCAUCCUUUUCAACCAUGAGAGCCCAAGGAGAGGGGCCAAUUUUGUAACCCGAAAAAUUAGCCGUUCAGUAGCUAAGAUUCACCUCGGACAGAUGGAAUCUUUCAGCCUUGGAAAUCUGGAUGCCAAAAGAGACUGGGGUCAUGCCAAGGACUACGUUGAGGCUAUGUGGUUGAUGUUGCAAACAGAUGAGCCUGAGGACUUUGUCAUAUCUACUGGGGAGGUCCACAGUGUUCGUGAGUUUGUGGAGAAAGCUUUCAAGCACAUCGGCAAAACCAUUGUGUGGGAAGGCAAGAAUGAAAAUGAGGUGGGACGCUGCAGUGAGACUGGAAAGAUCCAUGUGAAGGUUGAUCUCAAGUACUACAGGCCUACUGAAGUAGACUUUCUACAAGGUGACUGUAGCCAAGCAAAGAAUAAGUUGGGCUGGACACCAAAAGUCUCCUUUGAUGAACUGGUUAAAGAGAUGGUUGAAUCUGAUGUCAAACUGAUGGCGACCAAUCCCAAUGCCUAAGCAUUGCAUGAAUAUGGCACAGCAGCCUGAUAAACCUUUGGACCUUAAGUAAUCCCCCAAUCACAAAUGCACAAGAGAAAUGUGUAUGGAAGUUCUGACCUCAAUGAAUAUUUAAUCGUACUCACACUGGAAACAUGGGAUUUUCUGGCAUUUGAUUUCCCUCGUCUGUCAGAAGAGGGAUAUGUAAGGUGUCCUUAUCCCCCAACUUGCCUUUUUAUUUGAUUGCCCAUAAUAUGCAGGUGGAUGCUGAAGAUGUUCUAUAAUUAUUAUUAAGCGGUUAAUGCACCUUGUGGGUUUCUAGUUGUUUCAUAGGCUUUCUUCUUUCUUAAUAAACUUCAUUUCUACCAAA